UGCACCGCUCCGCUCCCCCCCCCUCCCGCCAUUGUGCCUGGGAGCGCGGGGAGCGCGUGCGGCGGGGCCCAUAGGCACGGCUGGGGCUAGAGCAGACGAGAGAGGGGGCGGGCGGCGGCCUAGAGCGUCGACACCCACCGCGGGGGUUCCACACCGCAUAGUCCGCCUAAAGCCAGCCUCAAAGCCAGCUCCGUCGGUACCGAGCCCGGACAAAGCCGCCGCCGCCCCGCCCCGCCGCGGAGCCAUGUCGGCCAGCAGCCUCCUGGAGCAGAGACCCAAGGGGCAAAGCAGCAAAGUGCAAAACGGAGCCGUGCACCAGAAGGAUGGGUUGAAUGAUGAUGACUUCGAGCCCUACCUGAGCCCCCAGGCGCGGCCGAAUAAUGCCUACACUGCAAUGUCAGAUUCCUACUUACCAAACUACUACAGUCCUUCCAUCGGAUUCUCCUACUCCUUAGGCGAAGCUGCCUGGUCUACAGGGGGUGAUCCACCCAUGCCCUACCUAACCUCGUACGGACAGCUGAGCAAUGGGGAGCCCCACUUCCUCCCAGACGCGAUGUUUGGGCAGCCAGGGGCUCUUGGCAGCACUCCCUUUCUUGGGCAGCAUGGCUUUAACUUCUUUCCAAGUGGGAUUGACUUUUCCGCUUGGGGGAAUAACAGUUCUCAGGGACAAUCCACUCAAAGCUCUGGCUAUAGCAGCAAUUACGCCUAUGCCCCGAGCUCGCUGGGGGGGGCCAUGAUCGAUGGGCAGUCAGCUUUUGCUAAUGAGCCUCUCAACAAGGCUCCUGGCAUGAACACCAUCGACCAGGGGAUGGCAGCUCUGAAACUGGGCAGCACCGACGUCACCAGCAGCGUUCCCAAAGUCGUCGGCUCCGCUGUUGGGAGUGGAUCUAUCGCCAGUAAUAUCGUGGCAUCCAGUGCUCUGCCUCCAGCUACUAUCGCUCCUCCAAAGCCAACCUCCUGGGCUGACAUUGCCAGCAAACCGGCUAAGCAGCAGCCCAAGCUGAAGACCAAGAACGGCAUUGCUGGCUCAAGCCUCCCACCGCCUCCAAUAAAACACAACAUGGAUAUUGGGACUUGGGAUAACAAAGGCUCGGUGGCAAAAGCCCCAGCACAAGCCUUAGUGCCGAACAUGGCGCAGCAGCCAGCCCAGGCCUCCCCCCAGCCUGGGGGGCAGCAGAUCACCCCCAGCCCCCCAGUGGCACCGGCCUGCAGUGGGCAGCAGCCCCAGCCCCUGCCCGUGCCGCAGCCUCAGCUGCCGGUGCCGGUGCCGGCGGCUCAGCCCACCCGCUGGGUUGCCCCUCGGAACAGGGGCAGUGGCUUUGGUCAGAACGGGGUGGAUGGGAACGGUGUGGGGCAGGCUCAGGCCACGGCUGGUUCUGCUCCUUCGGAACCUCACCCCGUUUUGGAGAAGUUGAGGUCCAUCAACAACUACAACCCCAAGGAUUUUGACUGGAACCCGAAACACGGCCGGGUUUUCAUCAUUAAGAGUUACUCGGAGGACGAUAUCCACCGCUCCAUUAAAUACAACAUCUGGUGCAGCACGGAGCACGGCAACAAGAGACUGGAUGCUGCCUAUCGCUCCCUCAAUGGGAAGGGCCCCGUGUACUUACUCUUCAGUGUCAACGGUAGUGGUCACUUCUGCGGAGUAGCAGAGAUGAAAUCUGCUGUGGACUACAACACGUGUGCGGGUGUGUGGUCCCAGGACAAGUGGAAGGGACGCUUUGAUGUCAGGUGGAUUUUUGUGAAGGACGUUCCCAACAGCCAACUGCGGCACAUCCGCCUAGAGAACAACGAGAACAAACCAGUGACCAACUCCAGGGACACUCAGGAGGUGCCUCUGGAGAAGGCUAAGCAGGUGUUGAAAAUCAUUGCCACCUACAAGCACACCACCUCCAUCUUCGAUGACUUCUCACACUAUGAGAAACGCCAGGAGGAGGAGGAAAAUGUUAAGAAGGAACGCCAAGGCCGGGUGAAGUAAAUGGCCAUUGCCUCCCCCCAGAGACUGCAGCAGAGAUUGCAUCCCAGCUACCUGCCCCGGAGAGAAAGAAUGAGCAAAGCAGCCCAGAGAGAAUUAGGACUUCUUUGGUUUGUCUUAAUUUCAUUGACUUCAAAGAGACCUUUUCCAAUCUUUCAGUUGCAAAGGAAAAA